AGCGCUCUCUCAGUUCGCUCGCGACCGUUGAAAGUAGUUGUCUAACCGAUUCUGGCCGGCUGUGUUUCUAUCGGAAUCUCAACAACGCUUGCCCCCAAAAAAAGAACACAACAAACUGUUGCACGUGUUGCACAGAGUCUCGAUUGCAUUCUACGAAAAAGCACUUGGAGCGGAAAAUAGAAACACAUUCAGAAUGGGCUGCGCAACAGGCACCAUCAAGUACUCUCUGUUCCUGUUCAAUGCCUUAUGGGCGAUACUCGGCAUAUUGGUGCUUAUCUUUGGCGGUCUCGGAUGGGGGGCGAUGCCAGAUCAGUUUGCUAUUGGCAUUCUCGUUCUGGGUGGAAUUAUACUCUUAAUUUCCCUCUUCGGUUGCUGUGGCGCCGUUCGUGAAUCGCCGCGCAUGCUCUGGACGUACGUAUCGCUGCUGGUGGUGUUGCUGGUGCUGAUAGCCACCUUCAUUGUGUACAAUCCGCGAGAUGUGUUCAAGAAUUAUGCCCUGAAGACGGUCGAGGAUUCAUGGCAGCUGGAACAGACAAAGCCUGGCAGCAUGGAUUACAUCCAGAAGACAUACUCCUGCUGUGGCCGUAAUAGUGCCCAGGAUUAUUUGGAGAUCAGCUACUGGAACGCCAGUGUGCCCAACAGCUGCUGCAAGGACAACAAUUGUGUGAAUCCCCUGAAUCUGUAUGCGAUCGGCUGCAUCACCAAAGUGGAGGAGGCCUUCGCCGACGAGGCCACCGUGUCCCGCUCGCUGGAGUGGGUUCUGCUCGGUUUCGAUGUCGUUAUUCUCUCACUCGCCAUCAUCUUGGCCAUACACUACACGAAUCGCCGACGACGCUAUAACUAUUAACACACGUUCCACAUUUAGCACCUAAUCAGUCAAUCUACUUAACAUUUACCAGUCUCAUUUGUAAGUCACACCGAUGUACCUUGCUUAGAAACGCAGCACACAGCCCUCUGUAGUGUAUGUGUAUGUGUUCCACUUGCCAAGCAAUUGAAGUUGCCUUAAAUAUACAAACAAUUCAUACAAACAA